AUGCCUGAGGCCCGAUUGGCCAUCUUCAGGCAUCCACCCGUUCUCGCCCGUCACCACCUGAUUCUCGGUGCAGAAACGACCAUUCAAUUGCUCUCAAAGCAUCAACACCGAUCGCACGCCGUUGCCCACUCGACCCCAUCACCAGAUCCGACUCCCAGUCAAUUGAACUCGCAAGCCGCCAAAAUGUCUGACGAUCAGGAGCUCGUUACCAAGCCCUUCAAGUUCGUUACCGGCACCGAUGCCCGCUACCCGAACAUGAACCAGACCAAGCACUGCUGGCAGAACUACGUCGACUACCACAAGUGCAUCAACGCCAAGGGCGAGGACUUCGCCCCUUGCCGCCAGUUCUGGCUCGGCUACCGCUCUCUGUGCCCCUCUGGCUGGUACACCCGCUGGGACGAGCAGAGAGAGGCCGGCAACUUCCCCGUCAAGCUCGACGCAUAA